GUCUGCAGACUUGAGUUGGUGGCAGACAUAUAAAUUAGUCAUUACUCCUCCAUGCGGUUGGUGAGCUGCAGGGGGAAUGUCCCACUGCUAAGUGCUGUUUUCUGGGCAGAGGAGGGAGCACAACCAACUCUCUGGGGAAGGCAACAGAUGUCCCAGAUGUGAUGAACUAAUGUUAGGACAUACCAUAAAGGAAGCCCCUUAUGACCUUCAUGCAUAUUUGAAAGUUGAGAGCAGCAUGUUUUGCCCACUGAAACUCAUCCUGCUGCCAGUGUUACUGGAUUAUUCCUUGGGCCUGAAUGACUUGAAUGUUUCCCCCACUGAGCUAACAGUCCAUGUGGGUGAUUCGGCCCUGAUGGGAUGUGUUUUCCAGAGCACAGAAGACAAAUGCAUAUUCAAGAUAGACUGGAUUCUGUCACCAGGAGAGCACGCCAAGGACGAAUAUGUGCUAUACUAUUACUCCAAUCUCAGUGUGCCUAUAGGGCGCUUCCAGAACCGCGUACACUUGAUGGGGGACAUCUUAUGCAAUGAUGGUUCUCUCCUGCUCCAAGAUGUGCAAGAGGCUGACCAGGGAACCUAUACAUGUGAAAUCCGCCUCAAAGGGGAGAGCCAGGUGUUCAAGAAGGCGGUGGUACUGCAUGUGCUUCCAGAGGAGCCCAAAGAGCUCGUGGUCCGUGUGGGUGAAUUGAUUCAGAUGGGAUGUGUUUUCCAGAGCACAGAAGUGAAACACGUGACCAAGGUAGAAUGGAUAUUUUCAGGACGGCGCGCAAAGGAGGAGAUUGUGUUUCGUUACUACCACAAACUCAGGAUGUCUGCGGAGUACUCCCAGAGCUGGGGCCACUUCCAGAAUCGUGUGAACCUGGUGGGGGAAAUUUUCCGCAAUGAUGGUUCCAUCAUGCUUCAAGGAGUGAGGGAGUCAGAUGGAGGAAACUACACCUGCAGUAUCCACCUAGGGAACCUGGUGUUCAAGAAAACCAUUGUGCUGCAUGUCAGCCCGGAAGAGCCUCGAACACUGGUGACCCCGGCAGCCCUGAGGCCUCUGGUCCUGGGUGGUAAUCAGCUGGUGAUCAUCGUGGGAAUUGUCUGUGCCACAAUCCUGCUGCUUCCUGUUCUGAUAUUGAUCGUGAAGAGGACCUGUGGGAAUAGGAGUUCGUUGAAUUCUACAGUCUUGGUGAAGAACACGAAGGAGACUAAUCCGGAGAUAAAAGAAAAACCCUGCCAUUUUGAAAGAUAUGAAGGGGAGAAACACAUUUACUCCCCAAUAAUUGUACGGGAGGUGAUCGAGGAAGAAGAACCAACUGAAAAAUCAGAGGCCACCUACAUGACCAUGCCCUGAGGACACAUGACUCCCAGCUGAUUGCAGCAGAGAGAGGUCUGCCAGGGAAGUGUGAGAUCAGAGGCCUGGCCUGGAUCCACCGAGUGAAACAUUAACUCCACUCUGAAGUUGCAGCUGAAUGGAAUCAUUUUCCCCCUGUAUCUUUCUCCCAUACUGUUAUGUGAUGCUGCAGUAACUUGCGAGGCCUCAUCCUGGCUCCUGGAGACCUGCUGAUACAGCUGCCUCGUGGCUACUGCUGAGUGGGUCACCAGCCAGGGUGGCACUGUUUGCAGAAAGUCUCCGAGGUGGAGAUGAUGCAGGAGGAACAAUUGUCUUCACAGCUAACUUCCCCAGGUUUAAUGCUAGGCGAUCAUGGUUUUGAUUUUGUAGAAAACACCAUUCCUGUCCUCUUGAUCUAGAGCCAAUAGAGUAAGAGGAGAGGCCUGGGCUGCAAACUCAAAGGCUGGCAGGGGCCAGUCAAGUUAUUUUAAAAUAUGAUGUGCCAAGUUAAAUAAGGCUGUUGGUGAAUUUGGGACUGCAGGCCACUUGUUUGGGACUUCAUUUAUAAAGGUGUUCUCUGAUAGGGAGCAGGGGUAACAAAGAGCCUUUGUUUUUUGUUGUUGAAUUGAUGAAAUUCAUGUAAAUGUAGUGGCACCUUGCUGUUUUCCCUUUCUGAGGCUGUACACACAGAGGUUAAGAUCACAAGCUGUGGAGUUAGACAGACCUGGGUCCAAAUUCUAACUCUGUAUUGCAGCCAGAUGGUCUUGGGCAGGUAACUUGGCCUGUCUGAGCCUCAGUUUCCUUAUCCUUAGAAGGACAAGAAUAAUACCUACCUCCUGGUGGUAAGGAUCACAUGAGAUAAUGCAUAUGAAAUUCAGUACUGGGCCAGGCUCAUGAGAAGAGCUCAAUGAACAGCAGCUGCUAUGAUUAUGGAACAGCUUCUUACAAGCAUGUUUUGUUUCUUUCUGCCCUUCC